CAGCUGUGGAUCUGUGCUACGACUCUGCAUCCGGAUAGCAGACCGAGCAAGCUGCAGAAAUGCAGGGUCGGCUGGACAUGGAGGGCGCCCUGACUGCCAGGGACCGAGUGGGAAUCCAGGAUUUUGUUCUUCUGGAUGAAACUACAGAGGUGGCCGUUGUCAGCAACCUAAAGAAACGUUUCAGCAAGGAUCUCAUCUACACUUACAUUGGCACACUGUUAGUCUCUGUGAAUCCGUAUAAGGAGCUGGACAUCUACAGUAAAAAGCAGAUGGAUAUCUACAUGGGUGUCAACUUUUUCGAGCUUCCUCCACACAUCUACGCCUUGGCAGAUAACGCCUACCACACCAUGCUGACAGAGUUCAACAAUCACUUUAUCCUCAUCUCUGGUGAGAGUGGAGCAGGAAAAACCGAGGCCUCCAAGAAGAUCCUGCAGUAUUAUGCUGUCAGCUGUCCGAGCACCACUUUAAUGAACACCGUCAGAGACAAGAUGCUGAUGUCCAACCCUGUCUUAGAGGCUUUCGGUAAUGCAAAAACUCUGAAGAAUGACAACUCGAGUCGGUUCGGGAAGUACAUGGAUAUUCAGUUUGACAGCCAGGGGGACGCUGUUGGAGGCCACAUCCUGAACUACCUGCUGGAGAAGUCGAGGGUUGUGCACCAGAAUCACGGCGAGAGAAACUUCCACGUCUUCUACCAGCUGGUGGAGGGAGGAUCAGACGACCUGCUGAAGCAGCUGGGCCUUGAGAGAGACGUCCAGCAUUACUACUACCUAACACAGGGGGAAUGUGCCAUUGUGUCAUCUAUCAACGACAAAAAUGACUGGAAAUCUGUCAAAAACGCCCUGCAAGUCAUUGAAUUCGAUGAAACCAACACUGAUCAUCUCUUUAGGGUCGUAGCAAGUGUUCUCCAUUUGGGAAACGUUCACUUUGAUGCGGACGGUAAAGGCCACGCCCUUCUGAAGAGUAACACAGAGCUAAACUGGGUUUGUGAUCUUCUGGGGUUGGAUGCCAACAAGCUGAAGGAGGGACUUACUUUCAAGAAAAUUGAAGCCAAAGCAGAGCAGGUCCUCAGUCCAUUCACAAUUGACCAUGCCAUUUAUGUCAGAGACGCCCUGGCCAAAGCCAUCUAUGGACGGACUUUUACCUGGUUGGUCAACAGGAUUAACGAGUCUUUGGAGAACCAGGUGAGAACCUGGUGUGCUAAAAGCUCACAUGUCAGGCAGUGGCAUUUCCAGGGCCAAAAAUACUCACUCCCAUUUCAAUUUUUCAUGUUUGUCGUUUUACAACCACGCUCUUCAAUGUAUUGUAAUGGGAUUUUAUGCGACUGACCAACUUUGUUGAACUGUGUUUUUCGACAAUGGAAUCUACGAAUCC